AUGAAUAAUUUAAUUAUUCGAAACUAUCGGGUUGUGUUGUUGCGAUGUUGUGGUUAUAUUUGUAAAGAUAAAGAUAAAUUAUGUAAAGUAUUUAGUGUUGGGGGACUUAAUCAAUUUACAAAAAAGAUAUUUUUAUUUAUAUGGAUUUUUAUUUUUUCGACUCUAGGUAGAGUGGGAUUAGUAAGCAGUGUGAAUUACUCGACGAAACUUGAAAAUAUGCGAGGUCAGGGCGAUGAAAAAAAUAUAAUUGGUUAUGAAGAACUUCUAGCCGAUCAAAAAAAUGAUAAGGUUCUGAUAAUUGAUGUUAGAGAGCAAAAAGAAAUUGAUGAGACUGGAAAAUUACCUGGAAGUAUUCAUAUACCCAUGGGAAAUGUUACACAAAUGUUAAAUCUGACCGAUGAAGAAUUUAAAAAUCAGUUUAACAAAUUAAAACCUGACAAGGAUACUAAAAUAGUAUUGAGUUGUAGGUCUGGAAUGAGAAGUGCUAAUGUACAACAGGAAUUAUUGAAACUUGGAUAUGAAAAUGCGUACAAUUAUAUUGGAGGUUGGUCUGAAUGGGAAACUAAACAAAAAUCAUAAUCUUUGUUACAUAAAAAU